CGAGACGGUCAUUGCUAGCACAAAUGGUGGGCUGGAGAAGGGGGAUGAGCAUUGGAGUAGGGCUCGCAGCAUGCGGCGUUUCAUCGGUGUUUUUCGGUUCGAUGUUCGUACCGAUCAGGAAAUAUAACGCAGCAGAUGGAAUGUUUGCACAGUGGGUGAUGUCGGCCGCAAUUCUCUUCAUUGGUUUCCUUGUCUUUUGUAUUCAAGGCUUCCCUGGCUUCUACCCUUUGGCUAUGCUUGGCGGGAUGCUAUGGACAAUUGGUAACGCUACUGCUAUUCCUAUAAUUUCUAGAUUAGGAAUGGCACUUGGAAUUCUGAUUUGGAAUACCACCAACUGCUUGACAGGAUGGGCCGGAGGAAGAUUUGGUCUUUUUGGCAUGAAGCCAAACCCACCAGCAAGCGACAUUCUGAAUUAUGGUGGACUUGUCCUUGUAAUCAUUGGAGGAAUUCUAUUCUCACAAGUAAAGGGCAGUUCUACAGACGAAGACAAGAACGAAAAAGAGAAGCAUAAUCUUGACUUAGUUCGUGUCGAAGAAGUUGAAUCGGAAGAGAAGGAGCCGCUCAAUGAACCCGAGAAAGAAGUAGAAGAAGAAGUGAGUAAAGCCAAAAAUGAGAAAGAAUCGUUGCACGACGGAAAGCAGAGAAUAAUUGGCAUCGCCAUGUCGCUAAUAGCUGGUGUGUUCUAUGGAAUGACAUUUGUGCCGGUGAUCUAUAUGAUGGACAAUCCGAAAACAUUCCCUGAGUAUCCAAUGGACAGCCUGUCUUAUGUCUUCUCUCAUUAUUUUGGAAUUUUUCUCACUGCGACGACGUUGUUUAUUGGAUAUGCUAUGAUUAAGCGGAAUCAGCCAAUCAUCCCGCAACCCAUAUUUCUUCCGGCAUUUUUAUCCGGACUGCUUUGGGCCAUUGCUCAAACCUCAUUCUUCAUCGCCAAUCAACAUCUCUCUCAAGCCGUUACUUUCCCUAUAAUUACAAUGCUUCCGGGUUGCAUUGCCUCGGCAUGGAGUAUACUAUAUUUCCGAGAAAUUAAGGGUCGACGGAACCUCACAAUCUUAGCGAUUGCCAUGAGCAUAACCUUGACCGGUGCCAUGUUGUUUCCAAUUUUACAACAUUUGGCAGAAGCGACUUACUUUAGAACGUCUCGGUUGAGCAGAGUCUCCGCGAUUGCUCACUUUUCAGAGGGCCAACCUUGGGGUGUGGCACGCUACAACCGAGGGUCGUAUCGAGAAGAAAGGGAGAAAUCGUAUGAGGCGACAUUGCUUGCGAUGUCACUCGACUUGUGGAUAGGCUUAACCGCCGCUGUAGCUGCAUCCGUUCUGUUUGGCACUGUUUUUGUACCAAUCAAGAAAGUUGCAUGUGGAGAUGGAUUUGCGACCCAGCUAUUUGUAUGCAUCGGAGCAUUCUUGGGAGGAGCUGUCGUGAAUGGAAUACUCAAAUUCCCGCCUCUUUACGGUUUUGCCAUGAUUGGAGGUGCACUGUGGUGCAUAGCGAACGCCUUUGCGAUACAAAUAAUGAACCGACUCGGUAUGGCGUUGUCGAUCUUGGUUUGGAAUACUUUGUCGUGUCUGACUGGAUGGGCAACCUCGAGGUAUGGACUUUUCGGUCUGCCUGCUGCCAUUCCAGCAAGUCUAGCGCUGAACUAUUUGGGGAUUACUGUACUGAUUGCAGGGGGAGUCGCAUAUUUGUUUGUGAAGAGUAACACAAAGGUGGCAGUCGACAUGGAAAAGGAUGAAAAGAGCUACGCCGCGAAUACGGAUAGCAAAGGAGAGCGCGACGUAUCGUUUAUGGAAAGAGCAGUGUGUUUUGGAUGCGCAAUGAUCUCUGGUGUUUUCUACGGAUCAAUGUGGCUCCCUAUUAGUUACAUAAAGACCCAUCUGAAUGAAUUUCCCAAUGCUCCAGAACAAAGCAUAUCGUAUCUAUUUUCAUUCUUUUGCGGAGUUCUCUGCACUUCGAUCUGCGUGUUCAUCAUAUAUUCCCUUAUCAGGCGAAAUUCUCCAUAUAUAAAUCCUGAGACAGCUGUUCCGUGUAUGCUUGGUGGGGCUAUUUUCGCAACAGCCAUGAGUGCAUUCGUUGUCGCCAUCGAUAAUUUGGACCAGGCAAUUGCGUACCCCAUAUGUUCCAUGGCACCCGGCGUGGUUGUGUCGAGCUGGAGCAUUUUCUACUUCCGUGAGAUCACGGGCCGAAAAAAUCUGACGCGGUUGGCGGUUGCCUAUCUACUUACUCUGAUUGGAGUAAUAUUGGUCACAAUAUCGAAAGAAGUCAGGCUCUUCUGAAUUUCACUUGAGACGAUAAAAGAUUUAUCUUUUUGAUCAAAUAUGAGCUUUUGAAAAACGGC